UGGACUGAAACAAGCACACACGGUGCCCUGACACGGUUCGCAGUGGCACACAGUGGCGGACGAGCUGCGGCUGGAUGUCAGAGGACCACGGGGAAAUACUGCAAUAAUCCCUAAAUGUGAUGAAAAUAUAGGACUCUUUUUUUAAGAAAAAUAAAAUCUCCGGGAUAAUCUGACGCACAGAGGGAGAAACCUUCAACCUUUUUCUUUUUGGAAUUAAUAUCUUAUUUUUAUCCACAAGGUGUAUAAAGAUGUUGCCAUAUUGCUCCCUCCUGCUGCUAUGCGUGGCCCGACUGCUCUCCACCUCCUCAGCCCUGCCAUUUGAGCAGAGGGGCUUCUGGGAUUUCGCCAUGGACAGCAUGGACAGCAUGGACUCGAUGAUGACGAUGAUGAAGGACGAGGAAGGCUCGGGCGUAGAGGAGAUCCCUCCUCCUGACAUACCCAUAUGCCCCUUCGGCUGCCACUGUCAGCUCAGGGUCGUCCAGUGUUCUGACCUCGGUCUGACUGAGGUGCCAAAGAAUAUUCCUCCAGACACCAAGUUCUUGGACCUGCAGAACAACCGUAUCACUGAGCUUAAAGAGAAUGACUUCAAAGGCCUUUCUAACUUAUAUGGUCUGUCUCUGAGGAAUAACCAAAUUUCCAAAGUCCAUCCCAGAACAUUUGUGCCUCUGAAGCACAUGCAGAAGCUCUACUUCUCCAAGAAUCUGCUGACCACUGUCCCCAAGAACUUGCCCGCCUCUCUGGUUGAGAUGAGGAUCCACGAGAACCGCAUCAAGAAGGUGGCAGCUGGAGCCUUCUCAGGACUGGGCAACAUGAACUGCAUAGAAAUGGGAGCGAACCCCAUCCACAACAGCGGUUUUGAGCCUGGAGCCUUCAAGGGACUGAAACUGAAUUAUCUGCGCAUAUCAGAGUCCAAACUGACUGGGGUGCCAAAAGAUCUGCCAGAGAGUCUCCAUGAGCUUCAUCUGGACCACAACCAGAUCCAGGCUGUGGAACUGGAGGACCUGAAACGCUACAAAAACCUGUACAGGUUGGGCCUCGGCUACAACCAUAUCCGUAACAUAGAGAACGGCAGCCUGGCCUUCCUCCCCAGACUGAGAGAGCUGCAUCUGGAAAACAACCGCCUCACUCGUGUUCCCAAAGGCCUCCCAGAUAUGAAAUACCUACAGGUGGUGUACCUCCAUUCCAACAGCAUCGACCAGGUGGGCAUCAAUGACUUCUGCCCCCGAGGAUUUGGGAUGAAGAGGACGUUCUAUAACGGCAUCAGCUUGUUUGCUAACCCUGUCAACUACUGGGAGGUGCAGCCUGCAACGUUCCGCUGCGUCAGCGACCGGCUGGCCAUUCAGUUUGGCAACUACAAAAAGUAAAGACAGGGGGGAUACAGAGAGUGAGGGGAAGGUGAUGGAGGAGGAGGAGCAGAUAAUUUAAAUAAUGAAAAAAACUUGAUGAUGGAGGUAAGGGAGUUCAUAUUUGAGAUUAUUAUCUUUAUUAUUAUUGUUUUUAGAGAGAGGAUGAGUGAUGGAUAGGAUAAGCAAAAAACUGAUGAAAUAGAAAGAGAAGUGAAAAAUACAAUCACAUGACUUGAAGGAAAUGGAAAGCUUAGCGCCUGUAGUACUUCACCUGAGUUUUUGCAUUUUUUGAAUUUAAGGUUUUGAGAGAUUUGCCAUUUGAAAUGAAUGAAGAAUGAGACUGUAUGAGAAGAAUGUUUUCCCCCAGCCUAAAGUGAUGAAAACUUGUGAAGCAUUUCAUUCCAUAUUUUUUACACAAUAGUGCUUAUUGUGGUAGAAGUCUUUUUUAAUUGAUAUUUUGGUUAAGAUUACAAGUAUAAAAUAGAAAAGCAAUGCAUUAGAUUUUUUAAAUAUACAUAUAUACAUAAAAAAGGUGCUCUGUAUGACUUUCUGUCUGUGCUGAUUUGGAAAAUACAUCACAUUGUCCCUGUUUCACUGGUCUGAAGCCAUUUGGCCCUCAAUUCUGUGAUUGAAAUAUACUGUAUUAAUAAACAGAUAGUCACAGAUUUGGGGCUAUUUUCCACCAUUUACAGACAUAAAAACAACUACACAAAAUGUAGAAACCAAUAUUCAAGUUUACCAGCUCAAAAACAUUUUUGUAUAUAUCAUGGAAGUUCACUGAUUAAACGGGCAAUUUUAAAAUCCCUUAUCAGUGCUUAACAUCUUUCCUUAUCUAUCUGAGAUAACGGUACCACCAGCCUGCCUGUGUAAGGAGUCUAUUCUGUGCCUUUACUAAAUAUUAUGCUGUCUGUAAGAUACUUUAAUGCAGUAUUCCUUGAGGGGACACUAGUGAUAGUGGGGUUUUUGCCCCAGUUAGAGAAAAAAAACACACAUCCGCUUUGCUUUGAGACAAUAAAGGCAGUGUGUUCACAUAGUGUUCAUGCUACAAACAAUAGUAGUGUUGAUGCAUUGUUUUGCACAGUUUUUCUAUUAUGCCUUUUCUGCUUCAGGGUUAUUGGGGGGUAAGCCUGUUUACAUUGGUAGACCUAUGUGGAACUACUUUAGCAAUUAGUAUUCUGUCCUGUCUCUGCUCUGUAUUCUGACAAGCUACUGCUGCAUGUGAAUAAAGACAUUUUAGCCUGCUGCAUAAAGCCGGAGAACAACUGAUGCCCCUGGGUUGGAAGCUGUGUGAGAAAUAAAGAAGAAAUAUCAAAAGUGGAAAACAUUUGAUGAAUGAAUCCAAAAGCCUUAAGCAGGGACAUUUUUAAGUCCACACUUCAAUCCUUAAAUGUAGAAGAAGGAGAGGUCAUGAUGUUUUAAUACUGUGGAUGAUUUCAUUAAAAUGUAGCUUGAAGUCA